AUGCAAGUGCUCCCCACUAAGCUACGAGACGGAUUCAAGCAACUGGCUCAUAUUGGCCGAGGAACCUAUGGAGACGUUUUCCUAUGCGAACACGUUGAGAGUGGGGGCCAUGUCUGCCUAAAAGAGAUGGAUUUGACCUUCCUUUCCUAUGAUGAACGACAGAAAUGUCUGAACGAGGUUGAGCUGUUGAAGCAGCUUCCUGCGCACCCGAACAUCGUGGGGUUCCGUGAAGCCUUCUGGAUGCAAAGUAUUGACGAAACUCAGCAAGUUCUUGUCCUUGUUCUCGAACACGCAAAUGAUGGCGAUCUUGAGCAGUAUUUGCGUCGUUCGUGUAUUAAAGAAGAAGAAGUCAGGCGGAUCUUCCUCCAACUUGUACGAGGAGUGCAUCAUCUGCAUAGUCAUCGAGUAGUUCAUCGUGAUCUGAAAUGUGGCAACGUCUUGCUCUUUGGAUCCGGGCGAGUUGUUCUGGGCGAUUUUGGAACGUCGAAGCUGCUCCCAACAACCGGACCAGAUCAAGCGCUGGAAGCUCAGGGUUUGACGUCCACAGUGGUGGGAUCUCCGCAUUACAUGAGUCCAGAGUUAUUGGAGGGUGAGUCUCAUGGGUUUGCCACGGACAUUUGGUCUCUCGGCUGUGUACUGUAUGAAAUGCUGUCGGGUGGUAAACCAGCGUUUAAUGCCUCGUCAUACCCUGCUGUUGUUUUUCGCAUCACUCAAGGAGAAUACGAUCAAUUGGAUUCGGAUCUCGUGUCUUCCGAAGCACGAGAUUUAGUAGCGAGGAUGCUGCAGAAAGAACCUCAGAACAGACCAAGUAUUACAGAAAUACUUCAAUCUUCUUGGUUCCACACCCUCCACACUAAAGAGCUGAAAGCUACAGGCUUUCAAGUCGAUGAGAACUCACCGUCUGGUGAAGUUGUGCACUGUCAAGCAACACAUCCUGAGUCAACUACGGUACUUGUUCAGCCCCUCCCAACACCCGUUGUGAGCAAAACCAUUCAAGUCUCACUUCCACCAGCCCCAGACAUUCGAAAGGGAAAGCCGCAAAAACGACAAUUCAAGCUCAAAGAAGAUGAUUAUUUGCAGCACAAAGUUGUUUCGCCGUUGAUACGGUUUGACGAACUACCUCCACCCCCACCGAUGCUCCCAUCAAGGAAAAACAACUUGGCAGCAUCACCAUUUCCGUUAAAGCAUCACCACUUGCAGCAGAACAGACUUCCAAUGCAACCAUCACCAGAGUUCGAAAUUCGAGGUGUUCGCAUCACAGGGACAGCAAGGCCAUCCUCAGUUCCGAAGCCGUAA